AUGGUUUUGGGAAAAGGGCCUCCGUUUAGGCUUACACUUCACCUCUGCUUAGCAGAGGUGAAGGCGACGUUGGCUGUUCCUGUCUUCAUUACAGCUACUGUAGUCGACGAUGAGCCGCAGCAUCGUUUGGAAUUUCGUGUUCCCUCUGGUCCAGGGGUUGAGGCGUUAGAAAUUACUAAUGUGGAAUUUAUUUUUCAAACCGAAAGGUUAAAACGGAAUUCACGUAAAUCAUGCCGAUAUCCUUCAAGUGGUGGCCUUUACGGCUACUUAUUUAUGCAGCUACUUGACCAACAGGGUCAUCCUAGUGGCCACCCGUUUGCUAUUGUUUGCUGCGAUACAGAAAUGGGAAAUGGGAUUUGUUCUCGCGUGAAGCUUCCCCUACAGAGCGACCAGCGUGUUCGCUUCUACCUGGUAGAACGAAAGGUGCAGGGUGACGAAAAGAUACUGAUGAACUCACGGAUCGUGGGUGUGCGUUUUACUGGAAUUUUGCGGCUCUCCUCGGGUGGAGUUGAAGUUACUUCGGCUGAGACUAGGGAACAGAUUGAAGCAUUAACAGGAAGCAGUUUGAAGUUUGAGGCGGAUAGUCCUGCAAGCAAAAUUUCAACCUUAACACGCCCGCAGGAUUCUCCAUCUUCUCACUGCCGAGGGGGUGAAGACUCUGCAAAAGGUGAGUUGCGGAGUGACGAAGGUCAGCAGAAACCAACAGGGCCUGUGCAUAUGGACGAGAAUGAGGAACCCCCAAAUCUUGUUUAUGCUUUUGUUUCUGGUGCUGAUGAUGAGAGCUGA